AUGGCGCACCUCGCCUGCCUUUUCCGAUUCAACGUCCUCUCCUUGGUGUACCUGCUUUUCCUGCUGCUCCUGCCCUGGUUCCCGGGGCCCACCCAGCACUCCGCCGGAGGUCACACCAGCCGCCUCCUCAAAGCUCUUCUGGGGACCAGCAUCCUCUUCCUCCUCGCCCACUUCGUUUUCCAAAUAUGCCUAUACACGCUGCCCAUCCUGGACCAGCUGCUGGGGCCCAGCUGCAGCACCUGGGAGGUCCUCGCCCGGCACAUCGGGGUCACCAGGCUGGACUUGAGCGACAUCCCCAAUUCGGUGCGUCUCGUGGCACCCGACGUUGGCAUCCUGCUGGCCUCGUCCCUCUGCCUGUGCCUGUGCCGCCGUCUCGUCCCCAAGGCCGGUGCUGCCGCCCGCGGCCGGAGGCUGGAGUCCGUGGACCCCCUUGAGCGGGUGAGAGCUGACCCCGGCACCAUCGGCAGCAUCCCACCCGCCAUGUCCUGCCGAGCCCCCGCCAGAAUUCCCGGGGCACGGCGGCCGGUCCUCGGUCCCCUCCCUGGGGACGGCAGACUGGGACAUGGGGGCUUGGCGUGGGGGGAAGAGGAGGACGUGGAGCGGCACGGUGGCACGGCCGAUGGGGACACACCGCUGAGCGCCAGGCUGCGGGUGACGGCUCACUGGCUGCUCUGGGCGGCCGGGAAGGGUCUGGCCAUCCUGCUGCUGGCCUUGGCUGGGAUCACCCUGCCCUCCGCCUCCUCCAGCGUCUACUACCUGCUCUUUGUGGGGCUGUGCACGUGGUGGGCUUGCCACCUCCCCACCAGCCGCCUGGCCUUCGACACCCUCUGCUUCCUCGUCGGCAUCUACGCCGGCGGCCACCUCCUCUGCCUCUAUGCCUACCAGACGCCUUUCGUCCAGGGGGUCUUCCCGCCCCCCACCAUCUGGGCACGGCUGUUCGGCUUCAAGGAUGUUGUCCUGUACCGCAACUGCUCCCAGCCCAACGCCCUGGUGCUCAACACCGGCCACCCCUGGCCCGUCUACGCCAACCCCGGCAUCCUGCUCCUGCUCUACUACACCGUGGCCACCCUGGUGAAGCUGCGCCGGCUGGAUGCCAGGAGAACCGCGGUGCCGGCACAGCCGCCGGCAAGGUGCCCGGCAAGGGAGCUGGUGGAGCUGGAGAGCUGGCCCAAGGACACCGACGGCGUGGCUGAGGACACCAAGCCCAUGCUAUCCCCCAGCACCGGGAAACCGGGCAGCGGUGCCGAGAACUGCACUGUCCACGUCAUGGGCAACUCACCACAGCCGGGCAGGAGGCGUCCGGCGGAGCGGCUGCCCCUGCACACCCUGGGCCACGUCGUCAUGAACCAGAGCUAUGUCUGUGCCCUCAUCGCCAUGAUGGUGUGGAGCAUCACCUACCACAGCUGGCUGACCUUCGUGCUGCUGCUCUGGGCAUGCCUCAUCUGGACGGUGCGGAGCCGGCAUCACUUCGCCAUGCUCUGCUCGCCUUUCCUCCUCCUCUACGGCAUCGCGCUCUGCAGCCUGCAGUACGUCUGGGGUAUGGAUCUGGCCCCCGAGCUGCCCACCCGCGUCGGCUUCAUGAGCCUCGAACAGUUGGGGCUGGUGCACCCCAAAUAUCCCUGCUUGGACCUGGGGGCCAAGCUCCUGCUCACCCUCACCUUCUGGCUGCUGCUGCGGCAGUUCGUUAAGGAGAAGCUGCUAACGAGGAGGUGCCCGGCCACCCCGCUCCUGGAGGUGACCGUCUCGGACACGGAGCCCAGCCGGCAGCGGGACGUGCUGAAGGCGCUGGGGGUCCUGGUGCGGGAUUUCUAUGCCAAAUACUGGAUCUGCGUCUGCGCCGGCAUGUUCAUCGUGGUGAGCUUCGCCGGGCGCCUUGUCGUCUACAAGAUCGUCUACAUGUUCCUUUUCCUCCUCUGCCUCACCCUCUUCCAGGUGUACUACAGCCUGUGGCGCAAGGUGCUGAAGGGCUUCUGGUGGCUGGUGGUGGCGUACACCAUGCUGGUGCUCAUCGCCGUCUACACCUUCCAGUUUGAGGAUUUCCCCAUGUACUGGAGGAACCUGACGGGCCUCACCGACGAGCAGCUGGGCGACCUGGGUCUGGAGCAGUUCAGCGUCUCCGAGCUCUUCUCCAGCACCCUUAUCCCGGGCUUCUUCCUCCUGGCCUGCAUCCUCCAGCUCCAUUACUUCCACCGCCCCUUCAUGCACAUCACUGACCUGGAGCACAUCCCUGCUGCCACCACGCCACCCUGCCACAUCCCCAGGCCUGAGGAGCUGCACGGGAGCCGGCUGCUGCGGGAUGCGGCUGCUGCCGAGAAUGCCGGGACGGGUGACUCCGACACCGCGUCACAGGCGCCCACCAAAUGGGGACUGGUGCUGGAGCGCCUGAUCGUGCUAGGCUGGACCUUCUCGGACACGUUGACCCGCGGGCAGGUCUUCGUGGGGCGCCUGCUGGAGCUCCACAUCCUCAAGCUGGUGGCUCUCUACACCGUCUGGGUGGCCCUGCAGGAGGUAUCACUGAUGAACUUCUUGCUGGUGCUGCUGUGGGCCUUCGCCAUGCCCUACUGCCGUUUCCGCCACAUGGCCUCCUGCCUCUCCACUGUCUGGACCUGCAUCAUCAUCGUCUGCAAGAUGCUCUACCAGCUCAAGAUCGUCGACCCCAGCGAGUACUCCAGCAACUGCACCCAGCCCCAGCUCAACGGCACCAACCUGAGCCCGGAGGAGCUGGGUAACUCCACGCUGUACCGCGGCCCCGUGGACCCUGCCAACUGGUUCGGCAUCCGCAAGGGUUACCCCAACCUGGGCUACAUCCAGAACCACCUCCUGGUGCUGCUGCUGCUGGUGUUUGAGGCGGUGGUGUACCGGCGCCAGGAGUAUUACCGCAAGCAGCACCAGCUGGUGGCCCCCGUCACCGAGACCAUCUUCGAGGACAUCUCCCGCGAGCAUCUCGACCACGGCCUCGGCAGCUGUGCCAAAUACUUCCUCAACUACUUCUACUACAAGUUUGGCUUGGAGAUCUGCUUCCUGAUGACGGUGAAUGUGAUCGGGCAACGGAUGAACUUCAUGGUGAUCCUGCACGGUUGCUGGCUGGUCGUCAUCCUGACGCGGCGCCGGCGGGCGGCCAUCGCCCGCCUCUGGCCCAAGUACUGCCUCUUCCUCGUCAUCUUCCUCCUCUACCAGUACUUGCUGUGUGUGGGCAUGCCGCCCGCCCUCUGCGUGGACUAUCCAUGGCGCUGGACCCGAGCCCUCCCCUUCAACUCGGCGCUCAUCAAGUGGCUCUACCUGCCCGACUUCUUCGUGGCCCCCAAAUCCACCAACCUCAUCAACGACUUCGCACUGCUGCUGUGCGCGGCCCAGCAGUGGCGGGUCUUCGAGGCCGAGCGCACCGAGGAAUGGCUGCGGGCGGCCGGCGAGAACACCGACCGGCUCGACCUGGCGCGGGACCCCCACAACCCCACGCCCAACUUCAUCCACUGCCGAUCAUACCUGGACAUGGUGAAGGUGGUGGUCUUCCGCUACCUCUUCUGGUUCGUCCUGGUGGUGGUCUUCAUCACCGGAGCCACCCGCAUCAGCCUCUUCGGCCUUGGCUACCUGCUGGCCUGCUUCUACCUCCUCCUCUUUGGCACCGCCAUGCUGCGCAAGCCAGCCCGGGCUCGUCUCGUGCUCUGGGACUGCCUCAUCCUCUACAACAUCACCGUCAUCAUCUCCAAAAACAUGCUGUCGCUCCUCUCCUGCGUCUUCGUGCAGCAGAUGCAGAGCAACUUCUGCUGGGUGAUCCAGCUCUUCAGCCUGGUCUGCACCGUCAAGGGCUACUACGACCCCAAGGAGAUGGGCAAGGACCAGGACUGCUCGCUGCCCGUGGAGGAGGCGGGCAUCAUCUGGGACAGCAUCUGCUUCUUCUUCCUCCUGCUCCAGCGCCGCGUCUUCCUCAGCUACUACUACUUGCACGUCAUGCUGGACCUCCAGGCCUCCGCCCUGCAGGCUUCCAGGGGCGUCGCGCUGUUCAAGGCCAGCACCCUGAAGAGCAUGCACUCCCACCGGCAAGCCGAGAAGAAGUCACUGGCCCAGCUGAAGCGGCAGAUGGAGCGGAUCCGAGCCAAGCAGGAGAAGUACCACCAGGAGCGGCUGCCCCGCGGCACCGGCGAGGGGCAGGAUGAGGCCAGGCCAGCGCCCGGCAGCCCGGCGGACCCUUCCCGGCAGAGGGAGCGGUGGUGGCGGCCAUGGUUAGACCACGCCGCAGUGCUGCAUUCGGGGGAAUACUUCCUCUUUGAGUCGGACAGCGAGGAGGAGGAGGAGGCAGCGGUGCCGGAGGAGCCGCAGCCGGGCAGGCAGAGCGCCUUCCAGCUCGCCUACCAAGCCUGGGUGACCAACACCAGGACGGCACUGCGGCAGCAGGAGCAGCCGGAGGCAGCCGGUGCCGAGGUCGCUGCAGGGGACAGCGGAGGGAGGGAGGAGGAGUUGGAAGCACCUGAAGAGGCUGAAGGCCAGGAGGAGGAGGAGGAGGAAGGCUCCGCAGAGCGGGGCAACGUGGUGCAGCGAGUGCUGAACACCCUGCGGUUCCUGUGGGUGCUGUGCCGGGCCAUGGUGGACGGGUUGACCCAGUGGCUGGACGCCUGCACUCGGGAGCACGCCGACAUGUCCACCGUCCUGCGCCUCGAGAGAUACGUCCUCACGCGCCGGCUGGCCACGGGAGAGGACAUGCACCGCGGGGUCCUGGAUGAGCUCUACCUGCUGCCGCCAGAGGAGCCCCCAGCUGAGGAGCUGAACCCACGGGGGGCCGGGGUUGCGGACCCCCAAAACGGCGUUGCUUCCAGGCAGGUGCAUAGAUACCCCCCCCCGAGGGGGCAGCCGGCAGCGCCGCGGGCAGGGGUCGGCAAGCAGGGGGCUCACCCCUGUCCCCGUGCCGUCCCCAGCGGGCACCAAGGAGCUGCCCCCAGCCCGGUGGGAUGCCCGCUGCCCACCAGCAGCCAGGAGCAGGUGACAAUUUUGGAGAGCCAGGAGGACGUGGCUGGGUCUCAGGAGCUCCUGGCCUUGCCCCAGAACCGGAGCCGGACGGCCAGCGAGCUCCUCCUGAGCAGGCGGCUGUACUUCCCCGAGCUGGAAGAGUCAGAGCGGUUUUAUCGAUCCCACAACCGGUUCCUGAAGCUGCUGCUGGCUGGGUACCGCUGCGUGGCCGCCCACUCCGAGCUGCUCUGCUACUUCAUCAUCAUCCUCAACAACAUGGUGACUGCCUCCGUCAUCUCCCUCUUCCUGCCCAUCCUCGUCUUCCUCUGGGCCAUGCUCUCCAUCCCCCGGCCCAGCAAGCGCUUCUGGAUGACCGCCAUCAUCUUCACCGAGGUGAUGGUGGUGGUGAAAUACCUCUUCCAGUUUGGGUUCUUCCCCUGGAACGGCUACACCAUGCUGGUGCGCAACGAGGGCAAGCCCUUCUUCCCACCCCGCAUCCUGGGCUUGGAGAAGACUGACCGCUACAUCAAGUAUGACCUCAUCCAGCUCCUGGCCCUCUUCUUCCAUCGCUCCCUGCUGCUGUCCUACGGGCUGUGGGACCACGAGGAGGACUCCUUCCCCAAGAAGAAGGCAGAGGCAGAGCGGGUGGAGGAUGAGGAAGAAGAGGAGAGGCGGGAGGAAGCAGCGUCCCCCGCGGGUGAGGAAGGGACGGAGGUGCCGGCAGAGCCGGGGACACCGGGCGCAGCUGCGGGGCCGGAGCCAGAGGGUGAUGCCGUGGGGCAGGAAAAGGGGGCCGGGGCGACGCAGCUCCGCUUCAGGAGGAAGAGGCGAUGGGGGAAGAAGCAACCGGAGGCGGCUCCGGAGGAAGGGGAUGGGGAGGAGGAGGAGGAGGAAGAGGAAGAGGCAAAACAGAGCCACGCUCAGAAGAAACUGAAGGCGUUUGGGCUGCAGGUCAAGCUCUUCUUCCUCACCAUGGCGCAGAACAUGUACCGGCCGGUGCGUGGGUUCUUCUGGGACAUCCUGCACACCCGGCACCGGGCGGCCACCGACGUCUACGCCUUCAUGUUCCUGGCCGACGUGGUCGACUUCAUCAUCAUCAUCUUCGGCUUCUGGGCUUUCGGGAAACACUCAGCGGCCGCCGACAUCACCUCCUCGCUGUCGGAUGACCAAGUGCCAGAGGCCUUCUUGGUCAUGCUGCUCAUCCAGUUCACCACCAUGGUCAUCGACCGCGCGCUCUACCUCCGCAAGACCGUGCUGGGCAAGCUCAUCUUCCAGGUCAUCUUGGUCUUCAGCAUCCACCUCUGGAUGUUCUUCAUCCUGCCGGCUGUCACCGAAAGGUUGUUCAGCCUCAACACGGUGGCCCAGCUGUGGUACUUCGUGAAGUGCAUCUACUUCUCGCUGUCCGCCUACCAGAUCCGCUGCGGCUACCCUACCCGCAUCCUGGGCAACUUCCUCACCAAGAAAUACAACCACCUCAACCUCUUCCUCUUCCAGGGGUUUCGCCUCGUGCCCUUCCUGGUGGAGCUGCGGGCUGUCAUGGACUGGGUCUGGACGGACACCACGCUGUCCCUCUCCAACUGGAUGUGCGUGGAGGACAUCUACGCCAACAUCUUCAUCAUCAAGUGUAGCCGCGAGACGGAGAAGAAAUACCCCCAGCCCAAGGGGCAGAAGAAGAAGAAGAUCGUGAAGUAUGGCAUGGGGGGCCUCAUCAUCCUCUUCCUCGUGGCCAUCAUCUGGUUCCCACUGCUCUUUAUGUCGCUGGUGCGCUCCGUGGUGGGUGUUGUGAACCACCCCAUUGACGUCACCGUCACCCUCAAGCUGGGGGGGUAUGAGCCACUGUUCACCAUGAGCGCCCAGCAGCAAUCCAUCCAGCCCUUCACCCCCCAGGACUACGAAGCCCUCACCAACCAAUUUGAGAGGCAGCCGGUGGCCAUGCAGUUCAUCACGCUGUACGGCUACGAGGACAUCGUGAGGGCUCGCAUCGAGGGCAGCUCGGGCUCACUCUGGAGCAUCAGCCCCCCCAGCCGGGAACAGAUGCGACGAGAGCUGCAGAACGGCUCCUCCGACAUCACCCUCCGCCUCACCUGGACCUUCCAGAGGGACCUGGGCAAAGGGGGGACGGUGGAGCACACCUUCGACAAGCACACCACCGACCUGCAGCCCGGCGCGCCCCAGCGCAUGGAGCUGGCCCAGCUGCUGCAGGGCACCCGUGAUGCCCCCGUGCAAGUGCCCAAACUGUUCCCCAAAUACAUCCGGGCGCCCAACGGUCCCGAAGCCAACCCCGUCAAGCAGCUGCUGCCAGACGGGGAGGACAGCUACCUGGACGUGGAGGUGCAGCUGAAACGGGAGCGUGCGGGUGCCGGCCGAGGGGGUGACAGCUUCUUGGAGUGGUGGGUGAUACGGCUGAAGGAGGCCACCCCCAGCGACGGCAACAUCCUCCCCAUGAUCAUCUUCAACGAUAAAGUCAGCCCCCCCAGCCUGGGCUUCUUGGCUGGCUAUGGGAUCAUGGGGCUGUACGUCUCCAUCGUGCUGGUGAUUGGGAAGUUCGUGCGGGGUUUCUUCAGCGAGAUCUCGCACUCCAUCAUGUUCGAGGAGCUGCCCUGCGUGGACCGCAUCCUGAAGCUGUGCCAGGACAUCUUCCUGGUGCGGGAAACGGGCGAGCUGGAGCUGGAGGAAGAGCUCUACGCCAAGCUCAUCUUCCUCUACCGCUCCCCUGAGACCAUGAUCAAGUGGACGCGGGAGAAGGAGUAA